AGUACAAAUCCAUGUGAAAUUCUGAAAGGCUUCAACAGUCGAACUCAGACGAGGACCGUUCAAUAAAUUAAUGUUUAAGUAAAUGGCUGUAUGCCAAGACUUGCUAAGAACAUCCGCUCGUCUGGAAAAAAUGAGUGCCGGUAAUCGCAAAACUAUGAUGCCUCAUGCCCUCCUCAUUCCUCUUCCUGCACAGGGCCACAUAAAUCCCAUGAUGCACCUCGCCUGGAAGCUUGCCUCUGAUGGAUUCUUCAUCACCUUCCUCAGCACAGAACAUAGCCAUCAACGAAUGAUUGAAGCAAACAAGGACAAAGUCAUUCAUCAUAACAGCGAAAGGAUCAGAAUGAUUUCUGUUCCUGGAGGACAGCCGCUCGAGGUCGCCCGGGGAGAGAACCAAAUCAAUAACAUAGAUAAAUUUUUGAGGUCAGUGGAAAAUGCGCUUGGGCCUUCUGUAAUUGAUAAGCUUAUUCAAGACAUAAACGAGAAAGAUGAAGAGCAGAAAGUGACUUGCAUAAUAGCAGAUGUCUGGACGUGCUGUGGUCUGCAGCCAGUAGCUGAACUCCAUCGUGUCUCUCUAGCCGUUUUAAAUACAUCGCUUGUUUCCACCUUCGCCAUCCGCUACUUCAGUCCAAAGCUUAUCUCCCUUGGGAUUCUUCCUUCCGAUGGUAUUCCAAAGGAGGAUACGACACAAACAUAUCUUCCUUCCAUGCCGCCGCUACAGUCUGCUCAUCUGCCAUGGUUAACCGGAGGUGAAUACAUUUUUCGGUACGGGAAUCGCAUAGGAAAAGAAGCGGCUAAGAUCGAAUGGGUUCUGUUCAACACGUUCUACGAGCUAGAAACUGGUGUAGUUGACGAUUUGUCCAGAGAAGUGGGUGUGUAUCCCAUUGGUCCCUUAAUUUCUCCCGAGUUUCUGGACUGCGACAGAAAGACAUCGACCCCAAGUUUUUGGGAAGAUGACAUGGAAUGUUUGGAGUGGUUGGAUAAACAGAGUGAGCAAUCUGUCAUCUAUGUGUCUUUUGGCAGUCAUGCAAUUUUGAAUAUCCGGCAAGUGGAAGAGCUUGCUCUGGCGUUGGAGGCUACCCAGAGACCAUUUCUGUGGGUUGUGCGGUCGGAUCUAAUGGAUGGGGCCACUACCGUUUUACCUGCGGGGUUCCUGGAUCGGGUUAAAGAUAGAGGUUGCAUAGUUUCUUGGUCUCCACAGUUAAGGGUGUUGUCGCAUCCUUCCAUAGCUUGUUUUGUGACCCACUGUGGAUGGAACUCUGUACAGGAGAGCAUCACCAUGGGAGUUCCCAUGAUCUGUUGGCCAUAUUUCGGUGAUCAGUUUCUUAACAGCACAUAUAUUGUACAUGUUUGGAAGGUGGGUCUGCCUUUGAAAGCCAACAAUGAUGGGUUAAUAGAGAAAGAGGAGUUUAGGGGAGCGAUUGAGAGAUUAGUUGCUACAGAAGAAGGCAAGGCAGUCAGAGAAGAAACGAGAAAAUGGAACAGCAUAGCAAAGAAUACGGUGAAAGAAGGGGGGUUUUCAUUUGCCAGUUAUACUCGAUUUGUCAAAGCUAUGAUGAAAUGUGUGAAUGAAAUGGGAGGUGGGUGAUCUAUAAAAAACAUAGUGAUAGGACUAAUUUUAUUAUCCACUCGUCAUGUGUUUUCACCUCAUCGAAAUGCAUCUUUGUUGUUCUCGCGUAGCGCGCGAAUAAACAUUUACAAGUUUUUAUAAUGCUUAAACCUUCACGAUAUUUAGCUCUCAUGGAAAUAAGUGUACCCUCUUUAAUAUUACUGUUUUUGGAUCUAUUUUAGUUUUAUAGUCAAAAGCAAUUGGCGGAUU